AUGAAGGUCUUCUCCAACACAGUCUCCUUCGACUACUCGUGGGAGGAGGUAUCGACGGCCAACUGGCGCAAGUAUGGCCCCUGGAACAACAAGUCGGAGCACGUCAUCGCCGUCGACACGCUCUCGCGCAGCGUCGACCCGUCGACGGGCAUCCUCCGCACCGAGCGACUCAUCACCUGCCGACAGAACGCACCCGAGUGGCUCAAGUCCCUGAUGGGCAGCUGCAACGAGUCCUUCGUCUACGAGGCCUCGUACGUCGACCCCACCAGCCGAACCCUCACCAUGGUCAGCCAGAACCUCACCUGGAGCAACCUCGUCCGCGUCCAGGAGGAGGUUGUCUACUCCCCGACCGCCACGGCAAUCAUGGCCGCCGGCGCCGGAGCUACCCAGUUCGUCCAGAGCGCGCGCAUCACCGCCCUCUGCGGCGGCUGGCAGCGCAUCCGGAACAAGAUUGAGGAUACCCUCGUCUGCCGCUUCCACGAGAACGCCGUCAAGGGUCGCGAGGGAUUCGAGCGCGUCCUCGAGAUGAGCAGGAAGGUCUUUGCCGAGGAGAAGGAGAGGCAGAUGGCUGAGAAGGCCGUCAUGGCCCAAUAG